AACAUCAGUCAGCAGUCAGCAGCGGUUGUCGGGGGAGCACGGCACCUAGGCACGGGGCUCCAGAGAGCACCAUGGCGGCGGAGGCAGCGGUGAGGCACCGGCAGGUGGAGGCCAACGGCAUCUCGAUGCACGUCGCGGAGGCCGGCCCGGAGGGGGGCGCCGCGCCCGCGGUGCUGUUCGUGCACGGCUUCCCGGAGCUGUGGUACUCGUGGCGCCACCAGAUGGGGUACCUCGCCGCGCGCGGCUACCGCUGCGUCGCGCCCGAUCUCCGGGGCUACGGCAGCACCACCGCGCCGCCGGAACCGUUCUACUACACUGCCUUCCACAUCGUCGGCGACCUCAUCGCGCUCCUCGACGCUCUCCGCCUCCCGCAGGUGUUCGUGGUGGGGCACGACUGGGGCGCCAUCGUGUCGUGGAACCUGUGCCUGCUGCGGCCGGAUCGGGUGCGCGCGCUUGUCAACCUCAGCGUUGCCUUCAUGCCCAGGCGCCCAGGCGUCAAGCCCGUCGAGUACUUCCGCGCCGCAUACGGCGACGAUUACUAUGUCUGCCGAUUCCAGGAACCUGGAGUUGAAGCUGAAUUCACUGCUUUUGACUUGAAGAAUUUCUUCAAAUUGGCAUUGACUGUUCAAACCAUAGGUUCUUCUACUAUGAACCUUCGAAAAAUGCAAGCAUACAAUAAGGAAAUCAAACUCCCUUCUUGGCUCUCUGAGGAAGAUAUCAGCUACCUUGCAAAUGUGUAUGCAAAAACUGGAUUUGCUGGUGGGGUAAAUUACUACCGCUGCUUAGACCUGAACUGGGAACUGAUGGCUCCAUGGACAGGAGCAAAAGUGCAAGUUCCUACUAAGUUCAUUGUUGGGGACGGUGACCUGGCAUACCAUCACUCUGGAGUGAAAAGCUACAUCCACAAGGGCGGGCUCAAGAGGGAUGUGCCUAUGCUUGAGGAGGUGGUGGUUAUCAAGGGCGCUGGGCACUUCAUCCAGCAGGAAAGAGCACAAGAAAUCAGUGAGCACGUCUAUGACUACAUCAAGAAGUUUGGAACUGGUGUUUCGACACUAAAAAUCUCGAAACUGUGAGAUUGGUGGCCUCUGUACAGAACCCAAAUAGUCUGGUAGUUUUGUAGCGCUGUACAUUUUUUGCGCUUGGAACAUAUAGUCCAUACGCAUGGCAUGGAGAUUUUACAUUUUGUAGAGAGAGCGAGGGAGUGAAGGUGUUUGUUCAUCUUUGGCAUGUGGUAUUUCGUCUACCGCUUAAGAAAGUGGAAUCGUCUUGUAAGUUGUAACGCAACAUUUCUAAUGCACGCAGCACCCUGCAAAUUUUUCCAGUGCAGCAGACACUAGAAAACUUUGAAUGGGGUCGGUUGAGACUCGUA